UACACUUUGUUUGUUUUUAAACUGGCAAAUGCGUAAAAUUAAGUGUGCGGUCGUGGACAAAGUUUCUAGAGACACUAAAAAACCCGUCGAAAGAAAGUGGAAUGAAUGUAGCGGUGUGAUUUUUCACCUUAAACACUUAACGAUCUAAAACAUGGCGGAACCAAACCAAAGACCUCAACGUAAGAUGUCCACCGCAGGAGACGGUCUAUAUAAGGUCCUCGGACUGGAGAAGGGGGCGUCGCAAGACGAAAUAAAGAAGGCAUACAGGAAACUAGCACUGAGGCAUCACCCUGACAAGAACCCAGACAAUCCCGAGGCAGCUGAGAAGUUUAAGGAAAUCAACAAUGCCAACUCCAUCCUCAACGACGAAACCAAGAGGAAGGUCUAUGACGAGUACGGCUCCAUGGGCCUCUAUGUCGCAGAGCAGUUUGGAGAGGAGAGUGUUAAAUACUACUUCCUCAUGCACAAGUGCUGGUUCAAGACCCUGAUGGUGUUCUGUGGGAUCUUCACCUGCUGCUGCUGCUGCUGUUUCUGCUGCUUCUGCUGUGGGAAGUGCAAGCCACCGGGGAACGAGGAGCACGCAUACGUAGACCCAGAGGACCUUGAGGCCCAGAUCAGAGCUGAGCAGGACAGGGGUGAUCAUCAUCCCGUUGUGGUGCAACCUCAUUCUGCUGCUGUUGAGAAGGCAGAGUCCGACCACGACCAGUCUGCAUCCAACCACUCUGACCCUAUAUUCACCACAACGGACCAGUAAGAACCUGUUAGCGAGGCGUCUUCCCAUAGCCUGGUCCCAGAUCUGUUAGUGCUGUUUUGCUAACUCCUAUGGUCAUAGGGACUUGGCAAGACUGCACAGACAUGGGACCAGUCUAGUCUUCCCAGUCUGCUACUGCCAACCAAGAUGGUCCACUCCACUGAAAAUACUGUGAUCAGUUUCUGGGGAUCAGUGGCAGGUGCUUAAAUGCUUACAGUCAACCCUCUGUACUAUAUGUGGCCAAAGCCAUGUACAGUUCCUUCAGAAAGUAUUCAUACCCCUUGACUUAUUCCACAUUUUGUGUUACAGCCUGACUUUUUCUUACCCAUUGACACACAAUAACCCAUAAUGACAAUGUGAAAACAUGUUUUUUGACAUUUUUGCUAAUUAAAUGUAUAAAUAUCUUAUUUACAUAAGUAUUCACAACCUGGAGUCAAUAGUUGUUAGAAUCACCUUUGGCAGCGAUUUUAAAGCUGAGUAUUUCUGGGUAAGUCUCUAAGAGCUUUGCACAUAUGGAUUGUCCAAUAUUUGCACAUUAUUCUUUAAAAAAUUAUUCCAGCUCUGUUAAACUCAUUGCUAGACAUCCAUUUUCAUGUCUUGUCGUAGGUUUCCAAGCAGAUUUAGGUCAAAACUGUAACUAGGUCACUCAGGAAAAUGCUAUGUCAUCUUGGUAAGAAAAUCCAGUGUAUAUUUGGCCUUGUGUUUUAGGUUAUUGUCCUGCUGACAGGUGAUGUUGUCUCCGUGUCUGUUGGAAAGCAGACUGAACCAGGUUUUCCUCUUGGAUUUUACCUGUGCUUAGCUCUAUUCCGUUUUUAAAAUUUUAUAUCAACCACUGCCUAGUUCUUGCCGAUGACAAGCAUACCCAUAACAUGAUGCAGCCACCACAAUGCCUGAAAAUAUGAGGAGUGGUAUUCAGUAAUGUGUUGUGUUGGAUUUGCUCCCAACAUAACACUUUCUAUUCAGGACAUUAAGUUAAUUUCUUUGCCACAGGUUUUACUUUAGUGCCUGUUUUGGAAUAUUCUGUACAGACUUUCUUCUUUUUGACUUUGUCGUUUAGGUUAGGUUAUUGUGGUGUAACUACAAUGUUGUUGAUCCAUCCUCAGUUUUCUCCUAUCACAGCCAUUAAAGUCUGUAACUGUUUUAAAGUUACCUUUGACCUCAUGGUGAAAUCCCCGAGCGGUUUCCUUCCUCUCCAGCAAACUAAGUUAGGAAGGACGCCUGUAUCUUUGUAGUGACUGGGUGUAUUUAUACACCAUCCAAAGUGUAAUUAAUAACUUCACCAUGCUCAAAUGGAUAUUCAAUGUGUGCUUUAAAAAAUAAAUAUAAAUUACGUCACAUAAGUCCAUGCAACUUAUGUGACUUGAUAAGCAUAUUGUUACUCCUGAACUUUAUUUAGGCCAAAACAAAGGGCUUGACAUUUCAGCUUUUCAUUUUUUUUAUUAAUUUUUAAAAAUGUCUAAAAACAUAAUUGCACAUUGACAUUAUGGGGUAUUGUGUGUAGGCCAGCAACACACAAUCUAAAUGUAAUCCAUUUUAAAUUCUGGGGGUAACAACAAAAUGUAGAAAAAGUCAUGUCGUGUGAAUAAUUAAGGCACUAUGUGGAUUUAUAUCUUGUUAUCUUAAUAAUAAGACUGUAUAUGUCUCAUUUCAAUUGCCAGUUGUGGUCUAUGUUUACAAGAGUCGUACAUUCUUAUGAUUGUGCCAACUGCCAAGUUUACCUUAAUGCGUAGGCGAUCUUUUUGUAGAUUUGAAACAUUUGAAUUUUUAAAUAGUAUGUACAGGGUAACGGCUUCUAUGUAUGCUUAAUGGACCAUGUAGAGAGGGUGAUUGAAUCGAAACUGGCGUCUCCCAAAUGGCUUCUUGUCUUGUGCACUACCUUUUGACCUCCGCUAUGUAGUGCACUACUUUUCACCAGGGCCCAUAAGUCUCUGGUCAAAAGUAGUGCACUAUAUAGGGAAUAGUGUGCCAUUUUGAGAGACAGCCAGAGUCUGAAUUCGUAAAUAAAUGUGCACUUUAAGCACCUUCUUAGCAUAAUGAACCACUGUCAUAGUAAGGGCUGCUGUGGUCUGCCACUCCCCCUUACGUGGGAGCCAAUAACUGCAGCUUUAACCUAUGUGAAGAAAUGCUUGAAUGUGUUUAUAUGUUUGUUUGUAGGCUACAGAGCAAUAUUUGUUCAGGCUUUAUUUUCAGUUUUCCAAAGCUUGUGAUUCCAAUUUGUAGGAUUCUGUAUGAAAACCCCAGUCCUGAACUCACAUAUGUGCUCACUGUUUUUAUUUUGUCAUGUCUCUCUCAUACCUCCCAGUUUUUUUUCUUUCUCUGUGUGUAAUAAUAUAGGAGAUGCUGUCAUUUAAAACUCUCUCUGUAUUCCUGAACCAAAUGAUUUUCUAUAUCUUUUGAUCUAAUCUUGUGUGGUCUGGAUACACCUGUCAUAUUCCCUUUCUGUACACUCUAUAUAUUUGUUUAUAUUAAUCGCUUCCCACGUUCGCCCGCUAUACUUUUUAAACACUUGAACACCAAGUAAUGACAGUCGUUGAAAGGCGUUGUCUCACACACCAGCAAUCCGCAUAUUUUAAAGUGGGUUUCUGUUGUAGUUCACCAGUUUCAGUGAAUACUGCCAAAAUUCCAAUGCAGGUAGCCUAGUGGUUAGAGCGUUGGACUAGUAACCGGAAGGUUGCAAGUUCAAACCCCCGAGCUGACAAGGUACAAAUCUGUCGUUCUGCCCCUGAACAGGCAGUUAACCCACUGUUCCUAGGCCGACAUUGAAAAUAAGAAUUUGUUCUUAACUGACUUGCUUAGUUAAAUAAAGGUUACAUUUUUUAAUUUUUUUUUAAUAAAGUAUCUUUCCGUAAUUGUUCACUCGACCUAAAUAUGGAUAGAACAAAGGCCUUGCUUUUAAUAAACUUUUUUUUUUAUCCUACUUUCAGUUUUAUAUACUGUUCAUACUGUAAAAUAUAUUUAUGUGUGUGUGUGUAUAUGAUUAAUAAAUUGGGGAUUCUGGUAAA